UGAUGGAGCAUUAGCAGCAAAAGCAAUGACACAUUACGAGGAGUCAACAAAGAGGAAAUGGAUAACUAUGGCCUUAGUCUUGCACACAUGUCAGCUGGGGGAUCUUAAUGGACUAUCCCCCUCCUCUCCCUCUCUCUCUUCCCUUCAGUACUUUAUUUUCCUUAAUCAUGAAGCCAAUAUUGGAUAGUGCUAGGAACCUGGAAGGAAAAUUGCUUUGUAGUCUUUGGAAGUUGAAACUGGAUUGAUUGCCUUGUGCUUCAAGUCUACAUCAUAGGCCUGGGAUCAAUUUUAAGACUUUGAAACUGAUAGAAAGAAAAGUGAGAUUUGAGAUAAGUUUCCUAGCAAAUACAAAACAUAAAGCAAAUGAUUCCAAGAUUAACAAGCAAAAAGUCCUCCAAAAGUGGAAGUGGGUAAUUGAAGUAUUCAAAUGUCAACAACCCAGCUGUGGAGUUGUGAGGUAUGGACCUGGAGGGUUUCCCAUAGAAUAGAGCUCUACGUGUUUGAUUAUAAUCCUGAAAGGGCUCUGAUUAGAGUCAUAGUACACAAGUCAGGCGCGCUUUAUAGUGUAGGGGUGAUAUUGGAGAAGAGGUCAUCAAAUGGAUGAUGACAAACACAACGCUUCAAAUGGUUUGCCAGAAUCUGGGACCUAUUAAAUUGGCACCAUUUGAAGGGCCCCUACUAAGUACUAAAACCACUUGCCAAGAGACAAUCAGAUAUACCACUAUUUAUCAGAUUCCAUGCCCUUUGGGGCCUAUCUUGUUGUUGGGUCCUCUCUUAUCAACGUUCACAGAAACUAUGAGGACCAUGACUCAGAGCAAAAAAACAAACAAAAAGACAGAGACAGUUAAUAUAAUCGUUUGUUGGAAUGUGCCAAGUUCAGCCAAUUUCAAGGUUAAUCCCUGUUAUACUGUUAAAAUUGAAGGAGUACAAGCUAAUGCAGACCAAUUUUUAACUACAAGGAUAAGGAGUUUCCACUUAUAGGCUCUGGGAAAAAAGAAAAAAGGAAUUAGUCCUUUGUCUUAAUCAGAAAAGAAUCUGGUCAGAAUUUUCUUGGUAGUGAUCUGUCUUUUUGUUCCAAAGGCAAGGGAUAAGACAAAACUAUGUUCUUCACCUUUGCUUUUCCUGCGACUUCAUUUAGGAAUUUAAAUUUAGAGUUAGUCUUACUUAAUGUGCAGGAGUCGAACCAAAAAAAAAAAAACCUUUGACUAUUUGCAACUUGAUAUUGUACUGCUUGUGAAUGCUACUUUUCCCCGCAAGAAAAUCUUCAGAAAAUAAUAGCAAUCUACAUUUAACUUUCGGUAAAGAAUGCAUGUGCUAUGUAGAUGCUAGAGGGGAACAAGCUAAUCUAAAAAUUUAGUAGGCAGCACAAGCACAUCUUCUGAGGUGAUAGAAGAAAUUUUUACUGCAGUUAUCUUGUGUAUUUCUGGAUGAAUAUAGUGGGAUCAGAUUACAUUUGAUUCUUCUGAGAGCUAACAAUAAUGGAACAAAUCUACUGUGCUUUCAUAUUAAUUAGUUAAUUUGCUUUUUCGUGAUUUGCGUUUAGUCUUCUUGGUUCUGCAGAUAUCCGAUCACCACACAGAAGUUAGCUAGGUUCCCAUAAAAUCUUACGUCUGUUAGUCAACUUUUAUAAAGUGCACAUAAUAGGGGCCUGCAUCCUACAUGCUGUACAGCACACACUAGAUAUUAAAAAAAUUAGAACUCUAUGUUUUCUCCUAUAAAUACAGAGUUGUGUAAGCCUGGAACUACCAAGCAGCACUGGUUAGAUUUCACUUAUUUAGUCAUCUCCAAAUUUUACUGCCAUGGCUCCUGUACCCAGUUCUCCAAUCAAGGUUGGUCAUAUUGAUGAUGUUCAGGAAUUGAGAAAGGCUAAGCCAACAACAAUUCCUGAAAGAUUUGUCAGGGAUAUGAAUGAAAGGCCAACACUAACCACAGCUUUGCCUUCUCUAAAUAACAUACCUAUCAUCAAUUUCUCAAGGUUAGUGAAUGGCAGUAAAGAUGAUUACCAAACUGAAAUUUUGCAGCUUGCAAGAGCUUGUGGGGAGUGGGGAUUUUUUCAGGUGAUUAACCAUGGAAUUAAUCUGAGUUUGCUUGAGAGCAUGGAGGAGGUGGCCCAGAAUUUUUUCAUGCUACCUUUAGAGGAGAAGCAGAAGUAUCCAAUGGCACCAGGAACAGUUCAGGGAUAUGGACAAGCCUUUGUGUUCUCUGAGGACCAAAAGCUGGACUGGUGCAACAUGUUUGCUCUUGGAAUUGAGCCCCACUAUAUAAGGAGCCCGAAACUGUGGCCGAUAAAUCCACCAAAAUUUGGUGAAACUGUAGAGGUUUAUUCUAGAGAAGUGAGGAAGCUGUGCCAGAAUCUAUUGAAGUACAUAGCCAUGACCCUUGGCCUGAAAGCAGAUACUUUUGAAGAAAUGUUUGGGGUGGCUGUGCAAGCCAUAAGGAUGAACUACUACCCCCCCUGUUCAAGACCUGACCUUGUUCUAGGCCUAAGCCCACAUUCAGAUGGGAGUGCCCUAACUGUGCUGCAGCAAGGAAAGGGUAGCUCAGUUGGACUUCAAAUCCUUAAAGACAACAAGUGGAUCCCUGUUCAGCCCAUUCCAAAUGCAUUAGUGAUCAACAUUGGCGACACUUUAGAAGUUCUAACAAAUGGAAAAUACAAGAGCGUGGAACACAGGGCAGUGACUCAUAAGGAAAAAGACCGUCUCUCUAUUGUCACUUUCUAUGCUCCAAGCUACGAAGUAGAGCUUGGACCAAUGCCUGAACUGGUGAAUGACAAAACCCCAAGCAAGUACAGGAGAUACACCCAUGGAGAAUACAACAAACACUAUGUAACUAACAAGUUGCAAGGGAAGAAAACCCUGGAAUUUGCCAAGAUUAAAAGCGAUACAUCUACUGAAUAAUUAUUAGAAUUUGUGCAUACUGGUGUUAGUGUUUCACUUCCUCAUGUCAUCUGUGAAGAAUAUCAAAAUGAGUGGGGAGGAUCAAUGAUGGACUGCACAAUUCAUGAGUCGACUCAUAUUUGUAAUAAACUUUCAAUUAGUUGAAGCCCGUAAGGGAUCUUGUGCUCAUAAGCAUUUCAUUUCUUACUAAAUGUGUUUGGUUAUGAGAACUUUGUUGAAUAAACAAGUACAAGUGUACCAGAAAACAAGAAUCAAAACAGAAGUGAAUGCCACUUUUACUGUUUCUUU